AUGUGUGAAUCAAAUCAAAAGCGCUGUGCCAUUAUUGGUGCUGGUGUUUCAGGUCUGCCGAGUGCACGGUAAGCUUUAAAAAUAAAAAAAAUCAAUUUUAACUGGAGAUAUGAUAACUUUAAACUAUUUUAAAAGAUGUUUGGGGUGAAAGGUGAUCUUCACCGUUCCUUAACUGUAUUUAAUACAAAAACCACAAUUUUAAGCUGGGCAAAAGAAUACGGCUACGAACCGGUCAUCUUUGAAGUGCGUGACAAUGUCGGUGGUUUAUGGUAUUACCAAGAUAAAGAGACUGAAUGUAAGCUUUUUCUUUUUGUUUUAAGCACGGUACUUAUCAUUAGUUCUCAGUUUUUAAAUAUUUUUCAAUUUUAAUUUAUUGAAAAGGUUUUUAUAGUUAGUUGUGUGAUGAAGAAGACUAUAAUGAACACUUCGAAGGAAAUGAGUGCAUUUUCCGACUUUCCUCCACCUGCUGAUACUCCAUGGUUCAUGACGAAUCGUCGUAGGUUUUUGUUUGAAUUUUAUUGAAAAAAAGCAACUUUAAAAAAUUUUACGAUUUUUUUUGGAAAAGUUAGACAGGUUACGGUAAAGUAGCGUAAUUUUUAUACAAAAAUUCCAAAAUUUACAAAAAUUUAAAAAAAAUUUUUGAAAAUUUCAAAAAAAUUUUUUAGGAAUGCACUCAUACUUAACCAGCUACGCAGAACACCAUAAUUUGCUCGAUUACUGUAGAUUCAAACACAAAGUUACUAAGGUAGAACGUACUUCUGACUAUGCCAACUCUGGUGAAUGGAACGUUGAAUACAUUGAUGGGUAAAUAUUUUUUAUUACACUAAAUUUUGUUCUGUGGGACGUAUUUUACAAAAUCAAUUUUUGUAAUUUUAGUUUUAGGAAUAAUAUGUAUAGAUUAUGCUAGGGUCAUUUAUAUUAAAAGUACGCAAAAGGCUUGUUGGUAUUGACCGUGCAAACGUGAACAUUGAUGACAAAACUUUUUUUUUAAAUAAAAAUAAAAAUAAAAGUUUAAAAAAGAAUUUUUAAAAUUAAAUUUAACUUUAUAAUUUUUGUGGUAACAAUAUUUUUACAGUAAUGACAAUGCAAAUAUGGAAACCUUCCAAGCCGUUCUAAUUUGCACUGGAAGACAAAGCAUCCCAUAUAUGCCCAAACAAUAUCCUGGUCAAAAUGAGUUUGAAGGGACAAUUAUUCAUUCAAAAAAUUUCAAGGUGAGCUUACCUUCUGCCUUUUAUAACAUUUUUAAAAAAAAUCUUCGUAUUUCCUUAUCAUUAUAUUUUUUAAAUCUUUUUAAAAAUCUUGUCGUUUUUGACCGUAGAAAUACAUGAAAACCAACGACAAGACUUUUGUAAACCUUAAUAUUUUAAAAAUACGACAAACAUUAUAAAAUCCACUUCCAGGAAGUUUCCAAAUUUGCCAAUAAGAACGUCCUAAUCGUUGGGCUAGGAAACUCGGGAACGGACGCGGCUUCGGAGAUUUCGCAAGUCGCUAAAAAGUGCUACUUGAGCACGAGGAGAGGAGCUUGGAUUCUGCAUAGAACAAUAAACGGACAACCCAACGAUUUCUACAGUAACCGCCGGAUAAUGGGUUAUGUUAAGAAGGUGUUGGGCGAGAAGUUUCAUAGCUGGAUGAUGGAGAAGGUAUUCACACGAUGCUUUGAUCACACUGUGUUUGGGUUGAAGCCUCAGCAUCGUGCUUGUAAUCAGAAUCCAAUUUUGGUAAGCCUCCCUCCCCCAAAAAAAAUUUUAAAAAAAGUUGAACGUGGUCCCCCCUGUGGAUUUUUUCGACCCCUGCUCUCAGACCAAAAGUCCCUGCCCGGCCCAAGGCUGUGAAGAUUGGUUUGUUAUGGUAGGGUGAGGAAGGUUGAAAAUUCCUUAACCGAGAACCCUAACAAAUCAUUUUAAAAACUGCUUUCAGAUUUGUGACGAGCUCCAACUAAGACUAGCAGCAGGCCAAGUUGUCCUGAAACCUGCCAUUUCUUCUUUUACAAAAACUUCAGUCAACUUUCAAGAUGGUUCUACAGCACUAAUUGAUGAUGUUGUCUUUUGUACUGGGUUUAGUUAUUCAUUCGAAUACUUAGAGGAUGGUAAACUUAUCCCAACUGAUGAAGGAGAGCUUCGCUUGUGGAAGAACAUGUUCCCUUUGAGCUUGCUGGAGACGAAUAAACAAUCAUUGGCCGUUAUUGGCAUGUUACAGGUGAGCAGAAAUAUCUUAUAUAAUGUUUAAGUUUUUAAAAAUAGCAAAUUUUUUUAAACGUAAAAAAGACUUGACGUUUUUGACCGUUUAAAUUCAUGUAAAUUGACGACAAGACUUUUUUUUACACAAAUGUCAAAACUUAUAGUCACUUUUUAGCUAAGCGGAGCCAUAAUGUGUGCAAUGGAAAUGCAAGCUCGAGUAUUCUUCGAAAUGAAUGCUGGUAACAUCAAGUUACCCCCAAUAAUCUCCAUGACCCAACAAGUCGACCAAGAAGUUGAGAAACGUAAAGCACAGUACCUUCAUGCUCGUGCCAGUUGUACCAAAGUAUCAUACAUAGAUUACAUGCGUGAUCUAGCCAACUUGAUUGGAUGUUAUGCAAAUCCGAUGAAAAUGGUUCUGAAAGACCCAUACCUUGCUUAUCGACUGGUGUUUCAUCCCGAUUUGCCCUACUCUUAUCGACUGGUCGGGCCUCACAAAUGGCGAAAGGCUAGGGAAACAAUCUGUACCGUUGACCAGAGAAUGAAACAAGGUCUUCAAAAUGGAAUGGGUCAAAGUGUGAAGAAUGAAGGACUGUUUUGCAAAAAACAAUAUUCUUUUUCGUACAUCAUUUCUCUCACUAUAUCUUCGACUUUACUCUUUGUUUUGUUCAAGACUUGGAUCAGUUAUCUUGUAGUUUAG